CUGACAACUCACCCGAGGAACGACUGCUUCCGGGUGUGAGCUGCACGCCUGCAAAUCUUUGUUCAGCUCAAUGCAACGGGAAGGCUACCGUUAGAACGCUUUUGAUAUUUGAAUGUGAAAUCUAAAGUCAUCAGUAAGUUCGCCACCUUGAAAUAAAUAUUAACGUUAUUGCUUAUUCCCCAAAUGUGAGCAUAUUGAUUUUCAUAGGACACAACCUCGUGCACCUAUUAGUGAAACACUUUCCCUUCUCUCGGCCUUUGUUUCUAAACUGGCCAUCUCCUCAGCCACGCCUUUGUUUGCCGUGGUAGGUUACACGUUAUCGUUAUUAUGUGGAUAAAUAUAUUUCCACAGAAGAUCCCACUGGAUUACUUGGCGAUGACCAUACACUGAUUUUCUUGCCUAUGAAUGGGAAGAUUCCCUCCGUCUUCACUCCAUCAAAGUCUUUUCACAAUUAAGAGAUUUUAAAUUAUCCUUCAAUGUUCUUUCCUCAAGGUCAUUUUAUCACCUUUCCGUAUAAGCUCACUUCUGCAGUAUCAACCUUGUAAAAUCUCUGCUAUACCCAUCACUGAUGAUGUGUUCAGGACCAUCAAUAGAUGGGGUUUUUUAUGAAUCUCUAUCGUGGUGAUUUAAAUUGUAUACAGUACCACGGUUCAGUACCGGUUUUAGAGAUAUUUCCCUAUCUUUUUCACUUGUUCCCUUCCAGCGUUAAAUUCUCAUACUUUAUACGGCAGAUACUAAGAAUGCAAUUUAUCGGGUCUGACGACGUUCAUUGGCUCAGAACAUUAACCCUUUUUUCCUUCCCUGGGUGCUAUCAAACCUACUGAAUGUUUCAAGCAUUUUUAGUUUUUAGCACAACUUAGCAUCCCAUUUGUCUCUUUAUCCCAUUACAUCCUCCAUGUUCUUGCUAUUGGAAAUCUAUAAAAUUACAGCUAUGACUUUACCGUUGUUUGCUUUCUCAGGUAUCCCAUCAAACAUUCAUUAAGGUUGGUCAAGAAAGAUUUUCUUUUUUUGAAAUCAACACGAUGAUAACAAAGGACUGGCAGCAUUUUCAAGUCAAGAUGACAUGUGACUUGACGGGGAAAUUAGAGACAUUGCUGUUCUCAUGAGCCUGCUGCCAGGUAUUUGAAGUUUUGUUGAAGGGACCCUGAAUAAAAAUUGAAGCUAAGUGUGACAAAUUUCCCGAUUCACUUAAUGGAAUUCUCAUAUAAAGCUGAAAGCCAUUGGACCCAAAAGCCUCUGGAAAAUGGAAUAACACCCUUUACCUUUCCCAAGGCAAAGUUAGCGUUAUGGGAUCCAACACCACUUGGAGAUGUAGUAAGCCUGCAUCUUGCAUAUUAUAGAAACCCAAAGUUGCGUGUCUUAGAGAAAACCUUGCGUCUGGUUCAUCGCCAUGCUAAGCAGAGUGAAAACAAAAUUUUCUCCUGUUUCCUCAUUGGAUCAGCUGUAAUUGAUGAUGAUGAUGAAGGUGUUACACUAACUAUAGAUCGCUUUGAUCCUGGGCGAGAAGUUACUGGGCAUUCUGACAAAAUUCCAAUAGCACUUCUUCCAGGUGAUUUUCUCAUUCCGUGCACAAUUGAUAAUCAAGGACCUGUUUCUAAACGCAUCAACGUCUAUGCACCUGAGGAUUUCAGCGCUGCAUUUAAGAUGCUACAUCACUAUUGCAGUAGCAAAGAAUCGAUCGACUCUUCUAAACUUCUUACAAUGAGAGGACACAUUACUUGCAUUGAGAAAUUGGAUAACUUAACCCUGGAACUUCGCUGGGCAGCUGUUACUGUAUCAAUAAUUUUUGAUGCCACUCCAAUCAAUCCAAUUCCCAUAAUACCAACAGCUUUGGCAAGAAAUUUAAGCAGCCCCAAUAAUAUUGCUCAGAUUCAGGGGACACAUAAAUUCGGAUACCUUACAAUGGAUCAGACGCGCAAGCUUCUAUUAAUACUCGAAUCUGAUCCAAAAGUGCUCACUUUGCCUCUUGUAGGAAUCUGGUUGAGUGGUGUUACUCAUGUACAUAACCCCCAGGUUUGGGCCUGCUGCUUGAGGUAUCUUUUCAGUUCUUCGAUUCAUGAAAGAGUUUUUGCAACUGAGCAAAAAAGUUUCCUUCUAGUUCUAUACUCCCUUACACACAGGCAGCCAGAAUUCUAUGAAUGCCAUCCCUGCAGUGAGCAUCGAAAAUUGGAUUUCCAACUGCUUACCAGUACUGAAGUAUUAAAUCUUUGUACAAGCUCUGAGUCUUCAGGAAAACGAUCAAUUGAAUUUGAGCUUUGUGAUGGAGAUAAAACAUCAGAGAGUGAUUUCUUUAAGGAGAUGGUUAACAACAUCGGUGGAAACUCACUUGAUUGUGGAUUAUUUUCAAACAAAGUUGCUUUUGGAGACAAUUACUCUGGUGUGGAGGAAGAGGACCUCUCUCCAAGGCCAACACCAAGUCCACAUCCAGUUGGACAAAAGUUUCCAAGAGUUUAUCCGUCUGUACCUGAGCUCUCGCUUGUAUUUGAUGGCAGUUUUAUAGACUCAAAAAAUGCUCCAACAGGACUACAACUAAAUAAGUCUUUCCUAAUGAAGUCGCAACAGACGGUCAGAAUAUGUGAAACAUCUGGAAACAUUAACUCAACAAAACAAUAUUCUGAAAAUGGACAACCUGGACUGGCAUGCCAAGAUAUAUCUCCUACUGUAAAACAAAAUGUGACCCUUUCACAUGGACCUCCACUACCACCUAAGUCUGGUAAAGAAAAAUCGGCACUUAAGUAUCGGAAAGGAAGUCAUUUUGCGAGGAAGAGUUCUGGAUCAUCGUCCUCUUCUUCCUCUACUCCACCAAAUGGGCCAUCACCUGAUACUUCCAUAGACCAGCCUCAAAUGGGUAUUCCAACUGAAGUAGUUGGUUCAAAGAAAAACAUUGUUUUUGGUAAAGGAGGAGUUUCUCCUAGAGGUCAGCAAUCUAUAUCCAACUCAAAACAGCCCCAAGAACUAUCAUUGUCUCCCAACAAGUCCAGCAGGCAUUCACAUCAGCACUCUCUUAGUUUUCCACCUCCUCCAUCUGAAAUGCAAUUGUUGGGACAUCCAGCACAUUUUCACACAAUGUAUCCAACUAGAUAUUGUAACUGUUGCCAACAUCAUGGACCCUGCUGUGGAUCUUCACUGAAUUCUAAUUGGCAAGGAAGUAUUCCUGCUUUUGGUUCCAAAGAUGUCCACUCGUCUAAUUGUCAUGACUGUAGCACUGCAACAUGCCAACAAACUCUGGGAUAUUUAUCAAAUUCCCAUUGUAGUGCUCGGUGUUUGAACACCAGUACAAUAAACCAGUGUUUACCUGAACAGAGAGAUGGUGCUUCCCCGCCAAACAGCAGUUUAAUAAAAUCACCUGGAGGCUCCCACACCUCACCAUCAAAUUGGUGUAAAAUGUGCAUAGGACCAUCAGCAGGUUUGCACGUUCCUCUGAACAGACUGGAGCAUGACCGAGAGGGAGUUGGAACAAUGGGAUUGCCUGUUGAUGCUUAUAAGAUUCUCGUCGAACAGGAUAAGCAACUAAAACUCUUGCAGGCUCAGAUACAACAACUAUUGGACACACAGCAUUCUGGUGCAUCAAGCCCAGUGACCCCUUGCUCUUCAAAAACUGCUGAACCUACACUGCAUCCAGAAAGAAAACUGGGAUUUGGUGCAAUGGAAACCCAGAUAACUCCUGGAUUUCAUGUGAAAAAAAGUGUUAGCAUUGCAGUGAGCACAGGUGCCAGUUUGUUCUGGAGUCCUGAGAAGCAAGACGGGCACCAGUUAAAUGACUCUGAAUCAUACACUGAAGAAAUGACUGCGUCUAUAACAACCAAGGAUACCAGUCACACCAGCAUUGCCUCUUCACUGAAUGAAGUGGACAUUCACAACUUUGUGGAGGACAGUCAUGUUGCAACAAAUACUUCUGGCCAAGCGACUGAUAUUCAGAACAGUAAAACUGAAUGUACAAAGUACUGCUGGGAUCAUGAUAUAAGUUCACAGAGCCCAGUGCUUGGUGAGAGUGCAAGUAUGCAUUUGAAAACUAGCCAAUCUGAUGUACUAUGUAACAUUGUUAAUAAAGAAACUGAGGAGCAUACCACAGAAUCGCAUAAUGAGCAGAUAUUUUACCAGAAUUUAAUGGGCCAGGUGAACCAACUCAUAGAAUCCUGUAAUGUAAAAGAAGACCAGGAAAUACAGAACAAAGAUGCCAGAUUAGAAUCCUCUCCACAGAAUACUGACAGAAGCAGCAAGCAUCAUGACCUCCAGAACUGUCAGAGGGAUGAAAAUGAUGUACUGAAUGCUACCCUGAAACAGCUGAAGAAAAUGGGAGUUAAAAUUGAUCUUGAAUCUUCCAAUGUGAUCAAGACCAAAAGCAAAGUUGAAAAUGCAAGCACAUUGGCUCGCAUAAGCCCGGAAGCUGUUAUUCCAAGGCUGAACUACAUGUCAUUUGUCAACGUUGGCACAAGUGGAUAUGGAACGAGUGGAGUUGACCUUAGCAUGGAAGCCAAUGCUAUUGCUCUCAAGUACCUGAAUGAUGCUCAGCUGUCCCAGAUGUCUCUCAGCAGGCUUAACAGUAAUAGUGAAUCCACAUUCCUAAAUGGUCUAUUAGAAUUGAACACCGAUAGGAGCAUGGUAGGUCUGAGCUUGAUUUCUCCCAGUAAUAUGUCGUUUGCCACACGCAAAUACAUGAAGAGAUAUGGACUUGUGGAGGAUUGCUGUGGCAGUGACGAUGAAGAAUUGCCAGAUACUGGUGUUCAGACAAUAAAAGCUGAUUCAGAAAUUCCUUCCUUUGGAAAAGAAAGAAAUGAAAAAGUACUUGAAAGACACAUGAAUACUAAAACAUACAAUGCUUCUCAGUCCCCCUCAAAGCUGGAUGGGAAUAUCCUUAGAAACAUUACCAAUGAAGUUACUUCCUCAAUACCACAGAAUAUGAAUGCUCGGGGUCAAGACCAACAGCAAAUUUUAAAGCAUUCAAAACCAAAUAUUAAGAUGGUUGCUGAAGAAAUUGGUUACACUGAGCAUUCUGACAAGGAAAAUGAAAUUAAAGACUUUUCUCAAAAGUUUAUGACAAAUGCUCCUGAAAAGAAAAGAGUAACAGAAAGCAGUGAUGCAAUGGGUAAUAUUCUGGAUGUAAAUAGGCUCCGACAACUACCUAAACUAUUUUAACUGACGGUGAUUCGUAGCACAAAUAUUAUCCAUGCUUCUAGAUACAGAUUUUUUUUGUAAGCAGUGCCAUAUUUUGCAUUAGUAAAUUAAAUAAUAUAAUGUUUUAUCGUGGCGGUCAAUUUAAAUCAUUUGGUUCAAGGCUGCGACAAGUUAUCAAUUGUCUUAACUAAACGUUAUUUGUAAAAGUUUUAUACAGCUAAUGCUGAAUUCAUUAUGGGUCAUGCAAUUGUUUUCAUUGGGAAAGGUUUUGUGAUAUGACUGUCUUAAAAUUACUAUUGAAUGAUAACUGCACAAGCAAGUAUACUCAUUCUGGCUUUCAAACAAUGAGCUACCCCAAUCAAUAUACCCGUAGCACAUAUUUAGAAUCAAGCUAAUUUCUUAGUCUUCGUUAUUAAUCAAGCAUUCCGAAUAGCCAUCUUUGUUCCAAGUUGAUAUUUAAAUCUUGUCAUCUAUUGGGACGAUAAUUAGAAAUGGUUUGUCUUUUUGAGCUGAGUGCUUUUUAAAUUUAAUGAAGCUUAGAACAUGUCACUACUCCAUUUCUUUUGGUGAGUGUUUUUAAUGAUUAGUUUUCAAACAUUCAUAAUCUGGAAGUUCCAAUUUAGUGUGAAGUAUCAUAGUGUGUUCUAAUGUUUCAACAAUAUUCCGUGAGAGGAGGGGUUUCAUUUGUUUGGUGGGCUACAAGCAAAUGGAAGAUAGAGCUUGGGGGGGGGGGGAAGUAUAGAGAAAUUAUAAAAACGUACAAAAAUGGUAUAGAUGCAAUAAGAAAGAUUGUGCUAGUUCCACUGUCCAAUCCCUUACAAAAAACAUAUGGUUUUUCUCUACCGAUUCUUUAGAUUUGUUAUUUUACACACAGGAAAAUAGUUUACAGAUAUUUUGGAUGUAUUGAUUUUUAUUUCCUAAGCUGUUUACAAGUAUUUCUUUUUGAAAUGUGACCUGUUGUCAUCUUGCCAUGAAUGUCAUUCAAUAUUUGGCUUUUGCACAGUUUUUGACUAUUUAAUCACUUUUUUGUGAACGGUUUAUAAAUAAAACACUAGCACAAUCUCUAA